AUGAAGGUGCAUCUGAAUCUGCUGCUUGUGCUUAUUGCCACCUCUGCGAAUGCUGGCUUCAGCGGCUGGGCAGGAGGUGGAGGUGGAGGAGGCGGACAUGGCGGAGGAGGAGGAGGAGAUAUAUCCAAAAUUGUUAAAAUAAUAAUUCCCGAAGGAGGUGGCGGAGGUGGAGGUGGGCCAUGGCAAGGAGGCGGCGGAGGUGGUGGGUGGCAAGGAGGUGGUGGAGGAGGAUGGCAAGGAGGCGGCGGUGGUGGUGGAGAUGCACCUGUUAUAAAAAUCGUUAAAGUGGAAGGAGGCGGUGGUGGCCACGGCGGUGGAGGCGGCGGCGGGCAUGGAGGUGGAGGCGGCGACGACGCUCCCAUCAUUAAAAUUGUUAAAGUCCAAGGUGGAGGUGGUCACGGAGGUGGUCAUGGAGGUGGUCACGGAGGUGGUGGAGGAGGUGCCCCUAUAAUCAAAAUUGUUAAAGUCGAAGGAGGUGGAGGUGGUGGAGGACAUGGACAUGGAGGCGGCGGAGGGGGAGGAGGACAUGGAAGUGGCGGUGACUUCAAUGUCGUCAAGAUAAUUAAACUCCAAGGAGGAGGCGGAGGCGGAGGAUGGCAAGGAGGAGGCGGAGGCGGAGGAUGGCAAGGAGGUGGCGGAGGUGGUGGUGGUGGAUGGCAAGGAGGUGGUGGUGGUGGUGGGGGUGUCGGAGGCGGCUAUGGAGGAGGCGGCUGGUCAGGUGGUGGUGGCGGUGGCUGGUCAGGAGGCGGUGGAGGCGGAGGAGGAGGAAUAAAAGUUAUCAAAGUAAUUGUGCCCAGCGGAGGCGGCGGCGGUGGAGGACCAUGGCAAUCUGGAGGUGGACUAAGUGGAGGACCAUGGCAGUCCGGUGGUGGACUUGGUGGAGGUUUGAGCAGUGGACCAUGGCAAUCAGGAGGUGGCCUCAGCAGCGGAGGCCCGUGGCAAUCCGGUGGAGGACUUAGCAGUGGACCAUGGAAAUCUGGUGGAGGUCUUAGUCUCGGAGGAGGUUUGAGCAGUGGACCAUGGAAAUCGGGAGGUGGCCUCAGCAGCGGAGGACCAUGGCAAUCCGGUGGAGGACUGAGCAGUGGACCAUGGAAAUCGGGAGGUGGCCUCAGCAGCGGAGGACCAUGGCAAUCCGGUGGAGGACUUAGCAGUGGACCCUGGAAAUCUGGUGGAGGUCUCAGCCUCGGCGGAGGCCUGAGCAGUGGACCAUGGCAAUCCGGAGGUGGUCUCAGCAGUGGCCCAUGGAAGUCUGGUGGUAGUCUUGGAAGCGGAUGGUCUGCUGGAUAUGGAAGCGGGGGCUCCGGUGGUGGUGGCCAAAUUGUGAAAAUAAUCAAAGUUAGCGGAGGAAGCGGAGGUGGAAAUCCAUGGCAGUCAGGCGGUGGUGGAAACCCAUGGCAAUCAAGCGGAGGAGGAAAUCCAUGGCAAUCUGGUGGAGGUGGCGGAGGUAGUGGAUGGUGGUAAACUCAAAUAAUAUAAUUUUAAGAAUAAUUUUAUUUUACACGAAUUCUUGUUAUAACUUUCAU